GGGCCAAGGCUGGAAAGGCCGUUUCUGGGGGCGGAUUGUAGCUCCAAGAGGCGGAGCCGGUGCUUUGGGAGGAGAAGGAAGAGGAUGCCAAGCAGAACCCUGGGCGCAGAGGAGCUUGGGAGCGACAGAAAAUGGCUUCCUUCCUUCCUCCCAGUGUAAGGUGAACGGAGGUAGCCAGCUUUGCCCUCUCGCAGAGGCGUCUGGGACAACGCCCUCACUUUCCCGGAAUUCUCCUAGACAGUCCCUUGUUACCCGGACUCCCUAAUGGCGUGGUUCCUGAUCCGGUGGGCAGGUGGGGGACUGUGGGGCUGUGCAGCCCGAGCCAGCAGGAGCAUCUCCUUGGGUGUCCCCGAGGCGGCCCCUGUGAGGACAACUCUCCCUCCCCUUAAAGAGGUGGAUCGAUGGAACGAGAAGAGGAGCAUGUUUGGGGUGUAUGACAACAUCGGGAUCCUGGGAAACUUUGAAAGGCAUCCCAAGGAUCUUAUCGUGGGGCCCAAAUGGCUCAGGGGCUGGAAAGGAAAUGAAUUGCAGCGUUGUAUCCGCAAGAAGAAAAUGGUGGGAGAUAGAAUGUUUCUUGAAGACUUACAUAACCUGAACAAACGGAUCAGAUAUCUCUACAAACAGUUCAAUAGAAAGGGGAAGCACCGUUAGAGGAAAAGGCUAGACAGGCUAGAAAGCCCCAUCCCCUACGUAUGGCCUUUCAGGAGACCUGCUGGUAGGGAAACUUCUCAUUGUGGAGAAAGGCCUUUGUAAUGUGUUUAUAAUAAAAUUGGUUGACAAAGCA